AUUCAUGACAUAGUUUUGCUUACAGAAAGUUAAUUAUAUUAUCAUAUCAUAAUAUGCUAGAAAGAAGCUGGAUUCACCUUUUAUUUACCUAGUUACACACACACACAGGUACCAAACUUAUUUUAUUCAUUUUAGAAGUUUACAGUCUGGAAAUUUCAAUUUGAAAUUUAUGACUUUACUGCUAUGAGAUGAUGUCAUAGUGCUGAUCAUACACUUCGACUGCUUUUUCUUAACUAAAAAAUCCUCAUGUUUAAAGAUUGAUGAAUUCGGGAAUGAAAGUAAUUUUAUAAAUAAUUUAUUCAUAGGGUUUAACUAUUGGAUCUUCUGCUUAAAGAAUAGUAAAUUCUAUAGUUCUCUCACUUGAGGUUCCCCAGUUAUGCUCUGGAAAUUUUCAAGCUAUAAUAUCUUAAGUUUGUCUUUUUCUCUUUCAUUGUUUAGAGAGAAACAAUUUGAGCUUUAGAAUAUUCUCAGGCCAAAGAAAUUGAGUAAAGAAUUUUAAGGAUCUUUGCUAAUGGUUUUAACAUAUGUAUGCAUCGAAUUCAAACUUCUCUACAGUUGCAAACCAUGGAAAAGCUCUGUAGUACCUUGGGAAAAACCAUAGUUUAUUCUAGAAAGUGAGUUUAGCUCUUACUCAACCCUACAAAAUAAAUUUAUAAGAUGAAGUUUGCACCCAAUUGCUUUAUUUUUGUUCAUAUCUCAAGAAGACGAUUUGAGAUCUCCAAUGUUUUACUUUGUGACUGCUUAGCAUUAUUUUGUAGAUUCCAUACUGAUGUAUAGGGAUGAUCACUGAUUGCCAUUUGGCAAUAUGUUGCAGCUAAGAUUAGUUAUGCAAUUUGAAGAAUUCGUGAGAAAUUAGAUAAUUGUGUUACACAUGAUUGUCAGAUCUUCAAAAUUUUGUUUUAAAAUUGUACAGAAUUUAGUGAUAGUAUUGCGUACAGUUUUGACCACUGGAGAAUCUAAUUCUUCCAUCUGUAUGCUAUGUAGUGAGGAGCUGAAUCUAAAUUUGACUGAAGCUGCAUGGGUGUCUAUACUUCCUCCAUUGGCUUCAAUUUUUGUGACUGGUCUUGCAGCUCAAUUAGCUGACAACUUGAUUUCAAGAGGAAUUGAAACCACUGUGGUUCGAAAGAUCUGCCAAUCUAUUGCAUUUUUGUCCCCUGCAAUCUGCAUGACUCUUUCCUCACUGGAUCUAGGGUUACCGCCUUGGGAGAUUGUGGGAAUUCUCACAGGUGGUUUGGCCCUCUCAAGCUUUGCCUUAUCAGGACUAUAUUGUACUCACCAAGACAUGUCACCCGAAUAUGCAAGUAUACUUCUGGGUAUAACCAAUACUGUUGGGGCUGUUCCUGGAUUUGGGUGUAGCCCUCACUGGUUAUCUUCUUGACUUAACUCAUUCAUGGAGCAUUUCACUAUUUGCACCAUCAAUCUUCUUCUAUAUGACUGGUACCAUGGUAUGGUUGGUGUUCGCCAGCAGUAAGCCUCAAAGUUUUUCUGAGCAUAACUGAUUCAUGUUCCAAUCAUUCACUAUGUAUGAGAAGUGGAUUUUUGACACGGGGGUAUAUCCUUUUGAUAUUUACAAAUCAGAUAAUCUAAGUACAAAGAAAUGAUUGUAUAGGUAUUACUGUAUGUAUCUACGUAUGUAUUCUUAUUUUUCAAUUGUAGAAUAUUAUAGCAUUUUGUAUAUUUUUCACAGAUGAUGUUAUGGUGGUUGGUCACCAAAAAAUGUACUGACAACUUAAAUCCUUGAAAGUCAAGAAUCAGUUUCCUUAACCAA